GGAAGGAUCGCCAGCGAGAUCCCGAGGCGAGGCUCGAGCGCUCGCCCCCGCCCUGGCCCCCAGCGCCCACCCGGCCCGCCCGGCUCAGCCAUGAUCAAGGCGAUCCUCAUCUUCAACAACCACGGGAAGCCACGGCUCUCCAAGUUCUACCAGCCGUACAGUGAAGAUACACAACAGCAAAUCAUCAGGGAGACAUUCCAUUUGGUAUCUAAGAGAGAUGAAAAUGUUUGUAAUUUCUUAGAAGGAGGAUUAUUAAUUGGAGGAUCUGACAACAAACUAAUUUAUAGACAUUAUGCAACGUUAUAUUUUGUCUUCUGUGUGGAUUCUUCAGAAAGUGAACUUGGCAUUUUAGAUCUAAUUCAAGUAUUUGUGGAAACAUUAGACAAGUGUUUUGAAAAUGUCUGUGAACUGGAUUUAAUUUUCCAUGUAGACAAGGUUCACAAUAUUCUUGCAGAAAUGGUGAUGGGGGGAAUGGUAUUGGAGACCAACAUGAAUGAGAUUGUUACACAAAUUGAUGCACAAAAUAAACUGGAGAAAUCCGAGGCUGGCUUAGCGGGAGCUCCAGCCCGUGCUGUUUCAGCUGUAAAGAAUAUGAAUCUUCCUGAGAUCCCAAGAAAUAUUAACAUUGGUGACAUCAGUAUAAAAGUGCCAAACCUGCCCUCUUUUAAAUAAAAAAAAUUUAAAAGGCCACUCCCAGGUAAAAUCCAGGGGGAAAAGUCAUCUAAGUUUACCAUGCAGUUGUUUACCAAAAAUAGAGGAGGAGAGUCUUACCUUUUGCUCUUGGAUUUAAGUCAAGGUACUGUAUAGAAGUUGUGUAAACUCAGUAUGGCGGUUCAAUGUUGUUUUUCUUGUUCAGUGAUUUUAAAGAAAUUGAGUAGUUUCAGUGUGAUUUUUUUUAAAAAAUUUCUUUUCUAAACUGCAUUCCUAUGCCCACCUAAGGCAUGGUUCUAUGUAUUGGCAACAAUAGUAUUUCGAAAAGUGUUUGAAACAUUUCUUUAAAUUAUGUACUACUCAAAAUGUUGCUGGAGUUUUGUAUGGAUCACAAGUAUAGCAUUCCUUAAUUAUUUCUGUUAUUUGUCACAAUUGUUAUUUAAAGAAUCAAGUAUGUAUUGCAUGAAAACAUUAUGACCUUUUCCUCUUAGUUUAAAUAAGCUCCAAGGUAACUGGACUCUUAAAGCACCUUUCUGUUCGCCUGAUAGCUACUUUAGCAAUAAUUUUUUUAUGAUCCUCUUACUCAACAAAGUAAAUAAAAGUAUUUUAUCACUGUUAAAAAAAAAAA